ACUGGAAGAAGGGGAGGCUGACUGGUUUCCAAGUCUAACUGGGAUCGAAAGCGUUGCCUUUUUGGUGCUUACUCGAGGAGCCUUUAUAGGGAUUUCUUGCACAAUGUCUGAGGUUACCAUCACGAAGAGAAAGGAAAAAUGUGAAAAUUGCACUAAACAGUGCAAGAAGAAACAGGGCGACGAAGCUGAGAGCUUACAGCAGGAUGGAGAUGUUGCCAAUGGAGAAGUGGGUGGUCAGCCUGUGUUGCUCAGUGCGUGUCUGUCCUGUGACGGCUGUGUGUCUGAGGAAGAGAAUCAGAAGAUCUCCCAACAGAGCCUGCAGGAGAUAAACCGUGUUCUUGCACUCAAUAAGAAGUGUGAUUCCUCGAAGCACAAAGUCCUGGUGGUGUCUGUAUGUCCUCAGUCAUUGCCAUUUUUUGCUGUGAAAUUUCAUCUGGACCUCCAGGCAGCUGCACAAAAGCUCUGUGGUUUCCUAAAGAGUGUAGGAGUGAAAUAUGUGUUUGACACAACGCUAGCUGCUAGCUUCAGCAUCUUGGAGAGUCAGAGGGAGUUUGUACAGCGCUAUCGACGCAGGCAUAGUGAUGUCCAUGCUAUGCCAAUGUUCACCUCCUCGUGUCCAGGAUGGAUCCGUUAUGCAGAGCACGUGCUGGGAAGUCUGGUCACUCCACACAUCUGUACAGCAAGGUCACCUCAGCAGGUCAUGGGUUGCCUGGUCAAGGAAUACUUCACCAGACAGCAGAAGCUGAGCCCAGAGCAGGUGUUCCAUGUGGUGGUGGCUCCUUGCUUUGAUAAAAAGCUGGAAGCGGUGAAAGAAGAGUUUUACAACAGCUUGCUUCACACCAGAGAUGUGGACUGUGUGCUUACAUCAGUGGAAAUUCUGCACAUGAUGGAGCAGAGUAAUGUCUCUGUGGAGGAUGUUGAACCUGUUCCUCUGGAUCAUGUUUUUGGUGAGAUCACUGACACAAGGUUGAUGAGGCACGAUGGUCGAGGCUCUGAAGGCUUUCUCGAGCACAUUCUAAAAUAUGCAGCCAAAGAGCUCUUUGGCCUGGACGUUAAUGAAAUCAUAUACAAGACACUCAGGAACCGAGACUUCCAGGAGGUGGUGCUAGAACGUGAUGGGGAGACGCUGCUUCAGUUUGCUGCAGUCUAUGGUUUCCGUAACAUUCAGACACUGGUGCACCGCAUGCGGAAAGGCAAACUGCCCUACCAGCUAGUAGAGGUUCUGUCCUGUCCUGGAGGGUGUAUCAGUGGGCGCGGACAGGCAGAGGGAGAAGGAGGAAGGCCUGAUCGUGGUUUAGUCCAGCAAAUGGAGGAAGUGUAUAGCUCUCUGUCCGUCCGGCUUCCUGAAGCCAACCCUGUAAUCCAACGUCUCUACGAGGACUGGCUGGAGGGAGAGGACUCUCCACAUGCCCAACUGACUUUACACACUCGUUACAACAACCACACACAGUCACCCCCAAACACCCUCGGCCCUGAUAUACAGUGGUGAUAGAGGCCUGGAAAGGGACCUGUUUUAUCUCUGUAUAUCAGAGCAGAGUUUCACAGCAGGCAAACAAAAGGAGCCAAGAAACCAUCAGGAUGUGGCUCGGAAAGACUUCCUGUUAUAGGAGACAUGUGACCUCUUGUCAGCCAAUCACAUUCGUGCUUUUUUUUUUAGGUUAUGUAAUUUUCCUGAAGAUCAAUGAAUUAUAAGGGAUAUCAUGAUAUCAUGUGUCUUUUAAUCUUAGACUAAAAUUCUUUUGCGCAAUAACAUAAAACCAUAAAUGAAUUAAUUAUAGCUUUGGAAUACGUGGACUAUUAGUGCCUGUUUGGAUUUGUUCCUAAAAUAACAAAGUGCUAAACCAUUUACUGGUUAUUGGUGCCACAGCAUAAUAAAAUGUAUUCACUGAAAUAAUUAAUCUCACAAUUAGUAUUAUUUUUUAUAUAUAUAAAGCUAUACAGUGUAUGAACAAAAAGUCAGUUGCCUGUCCUGAAAUAUUCUUUUAUUUUAAUUUCAUCUACAAUGGAUCUACAAUGCUUACAAUAUUCAAGGAUGUUAGAGAAAAAGAAAAGGAAAUCCUCCGAACAAAUUGAAUGGAAUCCUUGCAAAUUUUCAGAACAAUUUUAGGAAAAGAUCCUCAUUUUAUAGGCAUGAGACAUUUUGGUUUUACUGAUGACUCUCUCCAUCACCGCAAGUAUAAAAAUAACCAAAACAAAAAAGCUAAUUAUGUCUUAAGGUUGGAUAUCCUAUAUUUCUUAAUGUGGUAUAAAAUAUAAUUUAAUAACGUAUGCCUUACUGGCUCCAGCUGUUUUGUAUUCACUUUC